CUGGUUUAGGGAAUCAGAAGUCGCCUAACAUUCGAACAGUCAACAUCAAAAUCGAUCGCACGAUUUAAGAGAUACAUUUUUUUAUUUUGUGUUGAGAGAGAAAAAAACUAUCUAAAAAUACACCAUGUCAUUUAUUGCACGUCAAUACAAAUUUGAAACAAGCACAAUGUUCGCCGAACGCAAUCGGUUCGCGCCCAUUCGCAACUUAAAGAAGUUACUGAAGCCCCUUCUGCGGGUGAUCAAGAAAAAGCAGUAUCUGAGGAAGAGCGUGGGUGAAAUCCAGGAGAACGACUGCAACACUUCACUGGAAGAUAUGCGAAAAGACCAAUCAGCCUUGGAGGCAAACGAUGACAAUGCCGCUAAUGAGGCUCUGGAACAGCGUAUCAUUGCCGAAGUCCAGGAGUGCUCGGACGAUGCAGCUAUCUAUGUCUAUCAGGGAGGUCGUCGAUUUGUGGUUCCUGUGCAUCGUGAACAGAAAUUCAUCCCAGUCCACUUUGCCCGCACCAACACUGGAACUUUCUUUUGGACCUCCAUGGAUCUGGAAAACCAGAAGCAGCAGUUGAGAAAUCCAUCACCCCUCGAUCGUUGGGUUCAAGCUUAGAAGAAAUUAACAACAAAAUUCCAGCAGCAGCAGCAACGUGAAAAAGUGAUCGCAUCAACUCCGAAGGAUUCCAGCUUUAAGAAACUGUAGCAGUUUAGUAGCAGCAACAAGUGUGUGUUUGUUCGCAUAUCCUAUGGAUAUGGAGAAUUAAUCCAGGACUUCCAUAAUAAGUGAUAUUAGGUUUAACUUAGGAUUUUAGGGAAAAACAAAAA